AUAGUAGUUCUGUAUAUUAUGGAGUUAAACGGUACGUACUUAAUUGAAAGCCACUAUGGAUAUUGUUAAACACAAGUGUUUCGAUCUUGGAAAACUGCUUUUUAAUUAAAGGAAACCACCUAUUUGAAUUAAGGAACAUUAAACAUAUCCCAGCGAGUUCACUAUUUCGUCAAUAAGGCUUUCAACGUUCUGACCUUAUGCAACCCAAUAAACACAAAAAAUUUAGAGCGCUUAAAGUGUGCUUUGAAAUCACUGCCAGAUUUUUAUGACAGAUUCAGUUUAUUUAAUUUUUUGCUUAAUUACAGGUAUGUUUUCGUAGUAAUAGGGUUUAAAAAACUUUAUUUUUUGUAUGGAUUUAAUAAUUUCCAGGUAUAUAUUAAGCGAAAAUGAAUUCAAAUAAUACAAACAGAUUAAGUGAGUUUCUCGAUAAUUAUUUUGAAGGUAGUGAACAUAAGUUGAAUUUAAGCAAACAAUUGUCAUUUUCAAAUAGCAGCGUUCCUGAGAAUAAGAAAAGUAAUGCAGAGAGUUCAGAAAGGAAUAAAGCAUGUAGUGAAAAUCAAUCCUCAUCUGUAGAUAUUAAAAAUUAUACAGAAAGUUCUGAGAAAAAUAAAUCAUCAGAUUUGUUAAAAGGGAUUGAAAUUAUUAGAGAUGGUUUCAAGGAAAAGGAUUUAUUAAAAGGGCUAGAAAUAACCAAAGAAGGGUUGCACAGAAAGGAACACAUUAGCCACAAAAACACCAGUUUUGAGAAAUAUUUUGCCAAUUUUGAAGGUAGUUUAAAAAAGGUUAAGUUGUGCAGCCAAAAUAAAAUAUCAAAAAAGUCAAAUAGCAAACAAACAAAUAGUUUAGAUAGAUAUUUCAAGAAGAAAAAGAUUAUAGAUCAUAAACAGAAAGUUUUAAGUUUUAAAAAUAACACACAAGUAAAGUCUAAACAAUAUUUUGAUUUUAAAAAUGUUAGAAAUAAUUCUGAAAGUCAUUUUGGACUAACGGGAAUAAAAAAUGAGCCACUGGGUGACAUUAGAUUUAAUACGAAAGAAAAUAUAAUCAUAAACACGCAAAAUAAGAUAGAUAACACAAAAAGCAACAAAAAUAUAAGGGAAAAUAUUUUUAAUAAAAAGUCUAUAGAUCAGAACAGAAAAAUUUCUGAAAAUAUAAAUAGUGAGAUCGUUUUUUCAAGUAGAUCUUCUAUUUUUGAAGAUAAUAAAAAUAAAACAAAUGUAAAAAUGAGGGAAGAACAGGAUAAAUCAUAUAGUAACUCAUUUCUUGAAGUACUUCAAGCCAGACAAAUAGGGCGUUAUAAAAAUAUAAAUACUAAUAAAGAAAAUGAAGAAAAAACUAUAUUAUUUAAUAAAGAACCUAUUUUUAUGAAUACAGAAACUGAUAAUUCAGAAACAUUUUUAAAGUCGAUUAAAAACAUUGACUCUGUUAUCACCAACCUUAAAUCAAACCAAACAAAAAAAUUGGAUGCAGACAGUCAAAACAUAUACAGAAAAAAUGUUGUUCAAUCAGAAAAAAUAUUGAGUCACACACAAAGUUUUUUGAAAGAAACGAAAAAUGAUGAUGCAUCUAAUAGUAGUUCUUCUAAGAUUGUAAAGAAUAUUGGUUUUGAUACGAAUAUUAGCAGUAAAAUUGAAAAUAUGGAAGAUAAUUCUAACAAAAAUUCUAGUAAGGAAUUUUUUGAGCCACAAUCGAGAAGCUCGUUUGUUUAUAAUGAUUAUUCACAAAGAAUGCUAAGAAAAAAACAUUCUGAAAUGCAUCCCACAAACACCAAUCCAAGCCAAACUAAGAAAAAUUAUGAAAAUAGUGAUAAAAUAUGCAAGAAAAAUAAUGUUGAAUCAGAAAAAAUAUUGAGUCAUUCACAACAUUUUUUAAAAGAAACGAAAAAUGAUGGUGCAUCUAAUAGUAGUUCUAAAAUUCUAAGAAAUAUUGGAUUUGAUAAGAAUAUUAGUCAUAAAAUAGAAAUUCAUGGAAAUAUUGAAGCUAAUUCUAACAGAAAUUCUGAAAAAAAUGUUGUGUCUAGUGAAGGAUUUUUUGAACCCAACUCUAUAGACUCCUUUGUUUAUAUGGAUUAUUUACAAAAGAUAUUGAGUGAAAAUUAUUCUGAAAUGCAUCCACCAAUUUUGGAAAGCCAGAAAUAUGAGGUUGGUAACAAAAAACAGCCAGAAAACUCUGUAAAAAUAGGAUUUUCUGAAAUUACAUCAUUUGGUGUAUCAGAAAAACUCAAUAAAUAUGAAACUAGUAAAAGAAAGCUAUCUAGUUUUAGUGAACCAUUGUCACUGGAUACACCUACAUCUUUAAAACGAUCUACUGUCUUGAAUUCUUCAAAUUAUGAAAAUCUUUUACUUAAUAAUUCUCAAAAAUUAGCAGAAAGGAAUAUUUCUAGAAUUACUAAACAUCCUGGUGAAGUUUUGACCAAAAAGGCUUCUGAAAGAUAUGAUUGGUCUAAAUUUAAAUUUGAUGUUCAGAAAAUAACAAAGAAUGUCGAAGAAAUUCCAGAUAAAAACAGUACAAAUAUAAGUAAAUAUACAAUUAGUAAUAAUAGAUUGGCAGAAGAAAUUGUACCAGAAACUAAGCAAUUAAAAGAAGAAAGCAAAAAGUUUCAAAACAAAAACACAAAGCUUGAAAGAGAUGAAAAAGAAAAUAACGACAAAACUAAAAAUUUAAAAGAAAGACUAAAAGAAUUUGCGGGUUUACAGUCAAGUUCAAUGACAAAUCUUAACAGUCAACUGCUUGAUACAGCAUCAACUCAAGGUAGAGACAAAAUUAAUCAUUUAAGAAACCAAAACCAAGAUGAAGCUCAAGAAUUGGCCAGAAAAUCAAAAGCAGUUGAAUCUUUUAAACCAAAACUUGAAAACGAUGGUAAAUAUAUCAGAAACCUUAUGGUUUUGUCUUCAGGGGAGAAUCCAAUACAAUCUAAUGGUACAAGUAAAAAUAAAAAACUUAAUAUUGAAAAAAAUAAUCGCACAAAAACAUUAAAAAAGUUUGAAGAUUUUCAUUAUAGCCAAAAAAUGCUUCAUAGCAACGACAGAUCCAAAAACCUUAAUGUUUUCAGUAUUCCUACUACAAAUAAUGACGAUAUUAAUGCAAAAAGCAGAGAUUAUAUUUAUGAACUUAUUCAAGAAAAUAAUAAACUAAAUGAAAUGGUGAAAGAUAUACUAAAAUCAGAUUUACCCUGGGAUGUAGAAAGAAUAAAUAAUUUCCUGACCCAUGACGGGGUUAAUACAAGCUGCAAUAAUAAAAUUCGUACAUCUGAAACAAAGUUUGAACAUCAGAAAGUUAAAAAUUCGAAAAAUGUUUCUUUGUUAUCAGCGAAUGAAAAUAUUACUGGAAAUUUUGAUGUUUUGGCAAGCUUAAAUACAGUUUGUGAUGGUGACAUCCUCAAUAGUGAAAGUAUUUGUGAAAACUCACAGCUUUUAACCCAAACUGAGAAUGCUGAUAUAAAAAAUAAAGACAAAAUAACAACGUUUAAGUAUUGUAAUAUUACUGAAGAUAGUGUUUUGUAUAAAGAUAAUUUGUUGAAAAGCCUUGUAGAAGAUCAAAAUGAAAUUUUAUUAUCACCAAUUGGCAGAAAUAACGAUGGUGAUAGAUCGAUAAAAUUUACUUCCUGUGCAUACAUAAAAAGAUACAGAAAGGGACAUAUGAAAAUAUUCAAGGUGAAAAACAGACUGAAAAAAGAUAAGAAAUCAACCAAAAAGAAAAUUAAAGAGAAUCAGAAAAUAUUUGAGUAUUUAUCUCAGUUUAGUCAAGAGAGUGGCGUGAUAUCAUCUGAAUCUAGUGGCCAAGAUGAAUUUGAAUGCACACCAACUUCUUACAAAACAGAUGACAGCAAAUCCGAUGUCUUAUCUACCGGAUCAGGCAAAUUAUCGGAAGCCGAACAACUUCUUAGGCAAGGCAUUAAUAAAUUAUCAAAGGAUAAAUCUCUGUUGUUCUCGAAAUUAGAAGACGAGAUUCCCAAAGAUCCCAAUCCCGAAGAUAUUAUCAGAUCAAUUAAAGAUAUUUUAGGGGAUGUUUUGAAUGACUUUGAAAAGGGUAAUAAUCCCCAUUUCGUUAUGCCCAGGGAGCACAUUUCGAAUUGUAUUUUUAAGGACGGAAGGUAUCAAAUGAGAGAUAAUCCAGUCAAUGCCACAGUCUCGUAUGGCCUACCUCGUAGUCAAACUAAAUUUAACAUCAUACUUUUUCUUUUAAGAAAGAUUAAACAUCUGCUUGAAACGAACACCAAGUUAACCAAAAGAGAAAUAUAUUAUCAACUAAAGACAUUAAUACAAAAACAAGAGUAUACUGACCGUGCUUUGAAAGAUAUCAGUAGAAUGUUGAACGUUGGAUUGUGGUCUUUAAACGUCACAGCUCAAAAAGGUUUGGUUUACGGUGAUUUGAAGUUGAUCAUGAAGGAUGGUGAAAUAGUUAAUUGUAAUGUACCAGGAACUUCCAUACCUCAGAACACUUUGGAAAUCUCAGAAAUCCAAUCUUCGGCCUAUUUCAUUUUGGUUGUCGAAAAAGAAUCGAUUUUUCAUAAAUUACUGGAAGAAAAUUUACCCAAUAAGUUGACGAGACCCUUUAUAUUAAUAUCUGGUAAAGGUUUUCCAGAUUUAAACACACAAUUGUUCCUUAAAAAACUCUGGAUGGUUAUGUAUGUUCCAGUGUUUAUUUUAGUCGAUGCCGAUCCUGACGGAAUUGCAAUCAUGUUGAAUUACAGAUUUGGUUCCAUUGCAAACGCCCAUGUUUCCGAAUUUCUAACCAUACCAAAAGCAAAAUGGAUGGGUGUAUUUCCAUCGGACAUAAAUAAAUUUUCUUUUGCCACUGAGAAACUCACUCAGAGAGAAAUCAGUAAAGUCAAACGAUUGCUGACUUCGGACUGUGUCAAAGGAAACGAAGAAAUAGUAAGGCAACUGGAAAUUCUUUUGGAAAAUAACGUGAAAUGUGGUAUAGAGAGCUUGCUCAAGUCUGAAUUGUUUUUGAGCAAUUUCUAUCUGAGCUGGAAAGUCCAUUCUAAUGAUCUGAUUUGAUAUGCUGUGAAGGUUUUAUGUAUGAUAGAGAAUAUAUUUUAUUUUUGAUAAAUAUAUUUAGAAGAACGUAUUUUUAUUACAGGUUUUAAAUGCCUAGCAAAUAAUUAAA